AACAUUCCAAAAGUAUCCAUUUACCUAACAAUCCAAUCUUCUUCGUCAAAAGCAAAGCUUUUUCUUGAUGGGAUUUAUCUCUUGCAUCUCACUUCCGACUAUCAGUUCGAGAAUUCCAUCGACUCUGUUCUCAAAGCAGUCGACUUUAGCAUCUUUGUAUUCAAAAAAGUUUGCUUUGAGACGCGAGGAGGGCAAACCCAGUUUCUCCUUGUCACUAUCAGCGUCUUCGAUGAUGGUGACUCCUAUACAAGCCUCUUCUUCCUCCUCCUCCACCAUUGGUGAGACAACUGAUGGCUUGAAGGUCCAGUCUCAUGUUUCAAUUGGUGCAAACGAUUUGCUUAUUGUUGGACCAGGUGUUCUUGGACGCUUAGUUGCAGAAAAAUGGAGACAGGAACAUCCAGAUUGUCAAAUCAUUGGGCAGACAGCAACACCAAACCAUCAUGAUGAGUUAGAGAAGUUGGGUAUCAAACCAGCAAUUAAAGGAACUGAAUUUGAUGGCAAGUUCUCCUAUGUCAUCUUUUGUGCUCCUCCUUCACAAAGUCCUGAUUACGCCGCUGAGCUCAGGACGGCAGCAUCAAAGUGGAAUGGCGAAGGAUCGUUUAUAUUCACUUCUAGUUCUGCACCUUAUGAUUGCUUUGAUAAUGGAGAAUGCAACGAGGAUUCUCCAGUAGUGCCACUAGGAAAGAGCCCAAAAACCGAUGUGCUUUUGAGAGCUGAAGCAGUAGUGUUGGAAAGUGGAGGGACUGUCCUCAGACUUGCAGGCCUUUACACAGAGACUAGAGGUGCACAUAAUUACUGGUUGAAUAAGGAGAUAGUUGAUGCUCGUCCUGAUCAUAUCCUAAAUCUCAUCCACUAUGAGGAUGCAGCGUCACUAGCGGUUGCAAUCAUGAAGAAGAAAGCUGGAGGUCGGAUUUUCUUGGGCUGUGAUAACCAUCCUUUGUCAAGGCAAGAGGUGAUGGACCUGAUGGCUGAAAGUGGAAAGUAUGAUAAGAAGUUCAAAGGUUUCACGAGCACCAGUGGUCCUUUAGGGAAGAAGCUGAACAACUCAGGGACACGAGGGGAGAUAGGAUGGGAGCCUAAGUAUCCUAGCUUUGCUCAGUUUCUUGGAGUUACCAAGUAAUGUUUUUAACUUUGAUCAAGAUGAUGGAGUACGCAGAAAGAAGAGACCUAGAACGCUACUGAUGAAAUAAUCCACAGAUGUGAAGCAUUUUUUUUAAUGUUUGGUUCAAACUCCGAGUGUUCAAACAGCUGAUAAAUAUUUCAGAAUUCUUCAAGAAAAUGUUUGGUUACAUUAACCAUGCA